AUGACCGACGUCGGUGUCUUUAGGGAUGCGGAGCACAUUGCUAAUGUCUCUGGCAUUACCUUCGACGAUGUCGAUGCUUCAUCGCCCCGCGGCAGCGCCGACAUCCGUGGCCAGGACUGCAGCCGCUUAAAGAAGCUCCAAACGGCUGCAAAGGUCGCAUUCAUUGAUAAAGCGCUUCGCGACCUGGACAUAUUGAUACACUGCGAGUUAUCAGCGCUGUACUACAUGGACUGCUCUUUGAUUCUUCUUGUCUUUCGGGCCGCUGUACAAUUAUUCUUCUUUACGCCUAAAGAGCCACCAUUCGACCCGACAAGGAACCAGCCCUUCAUUGGCGCCAUAUUCGUCAGCAAUGUAAUCUCCAUGCUUUUUCAUGCCUUUCUAGUUCGCCCUGAAGUCGGCGAAUCAACACGGGGCUAUCAACACGGGGGUCUUUUCAUUGAUUUUAUCGGACAAAAGCCGGUAUCCGUCUUCCGACUUCUCGUUUUCGACAUGUUUAUCUUCGUGGUGGAUAUUAUCAUGCUGGCACUGAUAAUUGAGCGAGUCAAAACGGUCGGCCCGAAGGCGACGAACUUGCCAGGUGCAAGUGAGAAUAGUACAGCCGCCGAUGCCGAUACAGAUGCAGCAUCGGCGCAGGCGAACACACAAGAUUAUGACGCGGAAGAGCGAGGUGUGCGAAAUGCCGACGGCACAUCUCCAAUCAGUGGAAGCUCGUCCGAACAUGCCGCCAGCAACACCUUACCUACCAUCAACAUUGACACUGGAGACUUUGACGAAACGACAAGUCUUCUAGCCGACCCAAGUAUUGCCGAAAACGCAUCUAUUCCGAGAGGCGGCCACCCACUGGACUUGUUCGCUUCUGGGCAGUCAAUCAUCAUGGACAUGGGCUUCAUUAGCACCAUUGGUGAUCAAUGGCGACAUAUGGCAACGCCAAUUAGACGGGGUGAUGCGCGGUUAUCGCCUCAAGCUGCUACGUCCCUGCGAGACCGCCUGGGCUUGCAACGUUUUGGGUUGCAGAUGGGAGCUGAUGGUCGGCUCGUGCGGAUCACUCCAUGA